UGAAAUGUUGACUAAAAGUACUCAUUAUAUCAUACGUUGACUAAACUGUGUAAACAGUGUUUGCGUUAAUCAUUGCAUAGUUUGGCUCAUGUUUACAAUGUAUUGACUACUUGUUUAUUAUAACGAGUUUUUGUCAGACAUAUACUGAAUAUAGUGUACGAAAAGAGUGUCUAAAUCACUAAUUGUAUGCAAACAAGUGAUGGACGGAAACGAUUACAAGACGUGUGUAUUGAGACUAUUGGGUGAGAAGAAGUCACAAACGGAUCAAUUGGGACACGAGUUGCGGAUCAGUCUUCUGUCGGCCGCACUCAACAGCUAUCGAUGCGAUUCAAUACUAAAGCCGUUUCCCAACCAAUACGUGACUGAAGAGGAAAAGAUGUUUGAUUUCGUGAAACGAGACUUGAAUUCAAUCCCAGCGUUAAGUGAGUUGAAUGAGGACUACCAGAUGUCAGACAACUGUUGGCAACUUCUUCAUUGGGCCAUCACUUUGGGAUCAUUUCAGCUCAUUCUCCGACCAAUUAGUUCACAACAAAUAACGAAUAUAUUGAAUGAGAAUCAGUCAUCGAUGAAGAACUUUAAGCCGACGCUUAUCUUUGAAGUGGUUUCUCAGCCCAAGAGGUCUUUCAUGGAAGCGAAAGAGCGCUUCGGAACCUUUUGGGCCUUUCAUGGGUCGGCUGUGGAGAACUUCCACUCAAUCCUUCACAACGGACUCGUCAAUUGUCUCAAUAAAAGAGCGCUUUACGGUUCGGGCACUUAUGUGAGCUCACAGUUAAGCGUUGCCAUUGAGUUCAGUCCAUUCGGCUUCGGGUGGAACAAGUCAUUGCUCGGCAAAGAGAUUAGUUGUGUGGCCGUCUGUCAAGUGCUUUGGAGUUCGCUUAUGUCUUCAAUAAUAGGAGCCCAACAAUUGGCCGCACCUGCGAUCACCAUCCAGUAUAUGCCUGUCCUCUGCCUGCCCUCUCCCUGUCCUCUCACGACACACUUCCCGCCACUUCUCUCCACUUCCCUCUGCUUUUCUUUCCUUCUCUAA